CACCCGAUCUCAAAAAACAAAACCCGAUCUCGAAAAACAAAAGACUUACCCCAGGCCGGAAACAAGUCGCCACGCCGUUCCCCGGCCGACCUCGCUUCGCCCCGACCACCGCAGGGCCAUGGAGCCGAACGCCACCGUUGAGGCCGACGCCGAGGACGACUACAUGGGGGACCUGUCCCACUUCCUCCCGCCAAGCCCGCCCUCUCCCUCCAGGAGCCUCGGGGUCCGGAAGCAACCCCCCAAGCCGGCUCCGCCGGCGCGAGGGCACGCGAAGCGCGCCAAGGGGCUACCGUGGAAGGAGCGCCGGCGGCAGGAGCGCGAGAGGAGCCAGAGAGAGGAGGACGCCCGCACCUUGGCCGGGAUGGCGGAGGCCAUCCCGGAGAGCAACGUUGGGUUCAAGAUGUUGAAGCAGAUGGGAUACGACCCGGCAGCCCGCGGCGCCGGCGCCGAGCCGGUUGGAAUCGAGAUCCGCCGCUCUCGGGCCGGACUCGGGGCGGAGCCAGAUGCUUCUGUGGCGCCGCUGCCGCAGCCAUCGGAACCCAAGACGCGGGAGGAGGAAGAAAGGGAGAGGAAGCGGGAGGAGGAGAUGGUGGUGGAGCUGAGGUCGAGGAAGAGCACGCAAUGGAAGGGACGGAGGUUGGUGUGGGACUACCGCAAGGCUGAGGCGGCGCUCGCGCAGCUGGAGAACAGGGAGGUGGAGCCACCAGCCCCCGAUGGGGAGGAGAAGGAGAAGGGAGAAGAUGAAGAGGAAGAGGUGAUCACUGAAGAGGGUUUACAAACCAUAUUGGAUAAGCUGCGUGUUCAACACCACUAUUGCCUUUACUGUGGAUGCAAGUUUGAAUCAGCAGGAGCACUGGCAAAUGAAUGCCCUGGGCCUAAUGAAGAUGAUCACUGAUCCACUCUGUCAAUGGUGACAAGGGCACUGUCCUUCCCACUGCAGAUUAUGGUAAAUGUGACAUUUGGGAUAUUCUUGAUUAGUUGACUGUGUACGGUUAACCUUAGUCCUUAACACAAUCACUGGUUCAUAGCCAACUGGAGAAACUGAGCUCCAGCAUGUUAGUGGAAACAAUAUAUUCUUAACUACUAUUAUGUGUAUUAGUUCUGUAUGAAAUGUCUCAACAUGUGAAAUCUUUUUGGGUCAGUUUGAAAUUACAGAGAUGGAAUGGGAAGCUUCAAGGAGUUCGCAUAUUGUGUGAACUGCUUCAUUUAGAGCUCAAGUUAUGUCUCUGACAUGUCCAGAACUCCGAAUGAAGUUACCGCGGCCAAAAGACAGUAGUGUGUUAAGCUGUGAAGAAACGAGUUGAAUUCAGCUAGCGGUAAUGUAAGAAGAAUUGCACUAGACGUUUCCCAUUCCUGCUUUCUAAUCGAGGGACUAUUCAUCACUCAUCAACUGAACUGUUGAAGUUAGAGUCGUGGGAAGGCUGACACUGUUCAUCUCUUUGUUCCAGCCAAUGCCGGAAUCUGUGUACAGUGCAAUUACAUUUGUGUCGAUCUUUCAUGUGGACAAGCGAUCCAUUUAUGA